UUUUUGCUAUAAAAGAGGAAACGGUAGAGUUAAUAACAUUUUUAUCGCUCAAUCACACAGCAUACAAGGUAGGCGAGCAACCAGUUCUUGAGCAUUCGUCUAAACGACUACACAUACGAGAAUGCUGGAUAUUAGAAUAUUUACAAUAUUAGUUGCAUUUGUUUGCGUCAAGGGUCGUUCAAUUUCAAGCGAUGUUGAAAAUAAUUAUUGUUAUCCUACCGAUGUACAUCCGUAUCUAAAUGCUGGUACAAAAACAGCUUACCAUUACAUGCAUGGCUUAAUUACAAACACUAGCGUACCGAGUUGCGAACCGGUGCAAAUUUGGAUGCUGGCGAGACAUGGAACUCGUUAUCCUGGGAGAAAGGAGAUCAAAAGUAUGAAAAAGAAAUUGUCAGAACUUCAAGAUGAUAUUAUAGACAAUCAUAAAAAACAUGGACGUGGUGGUUUAUGUAAAGAAAGCAUAAAGAUGUUAAAAAAAUGGAAAGUAAAUCCGGACCUCAGCAAAGAUACCCAAAAGUACUUGACGGAGCAAGGUGAAGAAGAUCUAAAAUUAAUGGGGGCAAGAUAUAAAGAUUAUUUCCCUGAGCUUCUGCAAUCUAAUUCAAGCAAAUACAAACUCAGAGCGACGAAUACUCAACGAACCGUCGCUAGCAUGAACUCUUUCAUCGAAGGUCUUAUUGGUAAUGAAUCUACCACCGAUGGUGUUAUUGGUAAUACACCUACCAUCGAUAUGGAAGUGCUGGAGUCCGAUGAAGACGCUUUAUUGAAGCUUUACAAAUUUUGUAAACCUUGGCUAGAUGAAGUGCACAGUCCUUCAACCAACGCUGAAGAUAAUGAUUUUGUGAAUGGUCCUGUCAUGAACGAAACAGUUCACGAAAUCAGUCGACGAUUAGGAUUUAAACAUGAUCUUCCUUAUGAUACUGUUUUGAUUAUGUACAAAGCGUGUGUGUUCGAAAGGGCUUGGUUCGUCGAUAAAUUAUCUCCUUGGUGCGCCGCUUUUACAGAGAAGUCGUUAAAAGUAUUCGAGUACGAGGAAGAUCUCUAUUAUUAUUAUCACUCCAGUUACGGGCAAAACAUGAGCAAUAAGGUUGGAUGUACGACGUUGCAGGAUAUGUUCGAACAUUUCACUAAAUUGGAGGAAGGAAACACAAAGAACGAGCCGCAAGGUAUUUUUUACUUCAGCCAUAGUACAUCGCUUCAAUUACUUUUUACGACGAUGGGAAUCGCGAAAGACACAACACCUUUGAAAGCUGGGAACUAUGAAAGCAUGGUAGACAGUAGAAAAUGGAGAACUUCUUACCUUGUACCAUUUGCUGCAAAUAUCGCAGCUGUUUUCUAUCGAUGUGAUUCUUCGAACAAAGUAAGGUUCUAUCUUAACGAGAAACCUUUGGAUGUAGAAGGCUGUGAUGGAAGUGUUUGUGAUUGGAAAUACCUAAAGGAGAAAUUAGGAGACGCUGCGUUUAGUUGUAACGUAGACUUCUGUAGCCGAUAAGCUCUAUAGUUGAAUUCUAUAGAUAUAGUGUAGUUAAUCUCUAUACUCUAUAUAGACGAACCACUCAUCAUAAAUAAUGACUGCGGCUGUACUGAUCAGCCCUAUAAUUUAAUUUACAUUUAAAUUUUACGUUGUAAUUAUUAGAAUUUUUAAAUUCAUUUUUCUUGAUUGCAUGGAUUCUUGUAUACAAACGAGUCGAGAAAAGCUACAAAUAAAGAGCAAAACGUA